UUGUGGGCGCCCUGGGAGGGUAUAUAGACGGCGGCGCGGGGCUGGCGCGUCACUCCUGCCGGUGUCUUGACAAUGGACAAGCGAUCUGUGUUCCUGCUGGUGGUGGUGGUGGUGGUGGUGGCGCUGGCUGGCAGUGUGGGUGCCGCAUGCCCCGCCGGCUACCAUUUCGUCACGUACGGCACCUGCAUUAAGUUGUUACCCUUGACCGGUCCCUUCCAUACAACAUGGGAGGAGGCGAACGAUGCGUGUGAGAAGGAAGGUGGUCAGCUGAUCUCUCUCGACACCCCGCAAAAGAUGGAACAAUUCACCGCCAAAGUAUUCGAGCUGGGAAGCGAUUUCUACGGGUACCCUUACUGGGUCGGUGUGAGCAAGACCGAAACAGGCUGGCGCUGGCUCAAUGGAGAAGAACUAUCUCUCAGGUCCUACAUGUGGCUUCCAAAUGAACCCGACAAAAAAUAUAACUUUAGCCACGCACAGAUCCUCUCCAUGGACAACAACCCGCGCCAUUACAUCAGUUCCACAGAUUCCGGGCGGGGCUCCGCAUGUGAGACCAGCCAAAUCUAAUAAAGGACCACAUUUGUAAACACUUCUGGCUGCACUUCGGCUGAAAAACAGAGUUUAUGGUUUUACUGAGAGAUUAACAAGGUUUCUACAUUAUCAACAUGAGAAACACCCUUGAGAACCCAGUCAAUCGUCUCUGUGGCCUUUGAAAAUAGUCGUGGUGAGAGAGCAAUGUGUUCUGAAUGCUGGCAGAAGUCGCGUCUUGUUAGAUUGCUUGGGAAUUUUUGUAUAUGUGAUGUUUGUGUUGUCUCUGCAGUAUUUGGGACGGGGACUCAUGUAAGAGGAGGAAAGAAUGUUGCUAUGUGUAAUCAAUAAACAUUUCUCUAUAACUGUC